CCCAGGGGAAACACCAACGCCCCUGCAUACAGUCCGCUGGCCCCGCCCUGCUCUAACACUCAGUUUAUUUCUCAGAGACUUUUUCACCAGACUGCUUUCUUCUCUCCACCUGCUUACACGAAAGCUGCACUCAACCACACUGGGGGAACUGCUUCUUUCCUGAAAUAUCUCACCUAAGGAAAACUUUUGCUCAUCCAAACUCGCUCUUUUACUAAAGGGAAGCUACUUCAAGGCCUCUACGUUACCAUUUCUCCCAGGAUGGCUGCUGAUAUAACCGAGAGCUCCUCUGCGAGCGUCGUGCAGAAGCUGCAAAGUUACGUGCGGACCCUGAAAGGCACCAUCCUCGCUGCAGAAAUAGUUCUCAGUUUUACAAUCUUUAUCUGCUAUGCUUCAUCCUGGUAUGGUGGCUACACUGUUCCUGCCAUCUGCGAGAUGUGCUUUGCUAUCGUGUUCUUCUGCAUCUACAUGAUGGGCCUGGACAAGCAGUUUACAUCCAUCAGCUGGGUCUGGAGUGACUUUUUCCGUGCCUUUACUGGCACUGUAGUUUACCUCAUCACGUCGCUCAUCUGCGUCAUCAGAGGAGCCGGGGACGGAGCGCUCAUCGCAGGCGGGGUGUUCGGCUUGCUAGCUGGUCUCCUAUUUGCAUAUGAUACGUACACCAUCUACCUGCAAAUCAAGAGCGCCAGGUCGCAAACUGAAGGUUCUGGUGGCACAGCUUAACCAGUCCACACAUCUGUCAUCGACGCUGCAGAAAUACAAAAACACAGAAGAGCGGCUCACUGAAGGGAGAUGGACAGUAAAAUGACCAGGUCACAGUUUUAAUCAUUGCAACUGUAUGGUGUGAACAAAUGAGAAGUAUUUUAGCAGAUGCCUGAGAGGAAUACCACAGAACCAAAGUAAGAGGCACUGUACUGUACAUCUGUGUUUGCAUGUGUGCUGCGGUGGGAAAAACCCCCAAGUUUUUGUUCCGACCAAGACAGACCAUCGACUAAACAGGGAAACCUGGCAUUAAUAAGGUAACAAAAGACUGUUUGGUCUCUUCAAAUAGCUUUUCUAAUACUUUUCUUUACUGUUAACGAACUGCUGUAGGAAAUAUUAAUCGUGUUAUUUGGACUUCGGAAGUAACUGAUGCAUUAGGAGUUAUUUAAAACCGGAUAAUAUUCGUCUUGUCAUUGAUGUCAAUAUUUGUUUUUGUAAAAGUCAGUAAAAUAUUAUAAUACACGGUCUCUGUUUUUUAUGAGGGUUUUGUUAAGAGGUCAUGAGUAAUAAAUAUGUCACCAACUUCAAUUGACUCUCCUGGCAUUUUCACUUGGAUAAAAUUUUGAACUAAGCAAAAGGCUCAACAGCCCAGGUUAGCUAGCUGCAAAACUUUUUUUUUCUGUAAAUAAAAAACUUUCUUCUGCAUAAACACAGCAAAAAAACAGAAAAUCUUAACAAAUAUUUUGGUCUAGUUUCUAGUAAAACAUCCUACGACACUUGAAAUAAUACAAAACUGACUUAUAAUAGAUUUUCAGCAAGAAAUAGGAGCUUGUUUAGUAAUUAAUUAAUACUGAUUAAAAAGCGCUACUUCCUUUGGCAGAUCAUUUAACUUACAACAUCGGAAAAAUGUCUUGUUAUAAGUGAAAUAAUCUGAAAAAGAACUAGUUCUUCUUCAUAAAUAUUAAGCUAUUUACUUACAACAAGUUCGUAUUUCUUUCUAUAAAGUUAAUUAGACACUAGACCAAAAACUCCUGGUAAGAUUUUGGUUUUGCUGUGAAGAUGCUCAUAUUUUAUGGAUUUGCGUCAAGCUAAUGUGGCCGUUGGAGAAACAGUCUGUUCACGUAAACGGACCAUGCUAAGCGCUACUAGCGCUACUGGCUAACUCUUAAACUCUCUGAAAUCAACAAAGAGAUACUUUCAAUGUCGCUGUGGUGUUAAUAAAUCAGAGAUGCAAGAACCUAUUUAAAAGAAAAUGGCCCUUUUUAAUGUCAUUUAUUCGGACAUUAGGAGAGUGAGAAGGCGCAUAGCUAUUAGCGGCUAACAGUACAACAGUGGUGCUGGAUGCAGUUGGUAGCGUUUUGGUUUGGCGCUGAUACUGUUUAGCUUAAAAUCUCUUUUGCUUUUCUAAAGCAUUUUGUUUCAACCUUUUUGCCACAUUUCGGUACUGCCACAACCCUUUUUGGUACUGAAGUUUGUGUAAAGGAAAUUAUCCUGGAAAUAAGGGGCUAUUUAGACCAGUUAACCAUACUGGAUACUUUUUUCAUCCACUUUUUAAUAGAAAGAGAGAGACACAAAAAACAAUCAAUCAUACAAAUGGGAAUUAUCAAACUCAUGCGAUUAAUUGAUUUAUUGCUUAUUUUUGACAGGCUUAAUUGGCUAUCAGCAACAUAUGAUUUGUAGAUAAAAGUAUUAUUAUUUGGGAUUAGCACUAGCAAAGAGCAGCUUGCAUUUUAGGACUUCAUGUCUCAGGAAAACACAAUCAGACACCAAAAAAACAUUGAUUCCCAGACAAUUAACCAUAAAAAGGCCAAACGGAUGCAAAGGGAAGAAUGCAACUGAUUAAAACUUGCGAUAUUGUCACUCCAGAGGGCGCUGUUGCCUCAAUGCAUACAGCUUAACCUUACAGGACUGGAACGCUGGAAAUUUCCCAUUUUUAUUUGUAUGAAGCAAACAGAAGCAAUAAAAACAAAGUUUGAAUCCCAGGUUUUACAGCAACCUCCAUAUCUGAUGCUACAUUACUCAGAACAUAAUUUAAAACAUUAUUCCUACAAAUAUUCAUCUUCCAGUCUUUAUUUUAUCAAAGUGAAUAAUCUGGAAGUUACUGCAGGGAGGACAUUAAUGGCUCGUAACCUUUAACUAAACCCUUGAAAAAAGCUAAUCAAUUUUCAGUUUCAUUUCAUGUAGUUGUACUUCCAUCCUUUUCCCUUUUUGGAUUUCUGAAUCCUAAACAAUUGAUGGGUUCUGUGGUUAUUUGUCAAUACUGUUCUUUUGGUUUGGUUUUGAGAACAUAUUUCUGAUUUUUGUAUAUUUGAUAUUGACUCCUCCUCAAUUGAUCGAUACCACACAGAUUAUGUCGUCCUCCCUCAUUUUCACUCAUCUUUUUAUUCUUGCUCAGGUUAUGAUUUUUUUCAUACAUCUGUAACACAUUUUUUAAAGAUUGAAAGCCAUCUUUCUCUUGAGAUUUUUUUGUAGUGUUCCUGUUCUCCUAAAAAGAGACAGAAGAUUAGAAAUUUGUUGUUGGAGGAAAAUCUUGUCAUUCUAAUGUUUUUUUUUUCUAACAAUGUGCAGUUUGUCUCUUUAUAUUCAGAUUAUUGUUUGCUUUGAGAAAUAAACCGUCAUUACAACAAAGA